CAUUCUAUAGAAUUGAAUUCAAACCAUGUGAAAUAUGUGUAUAAAUAUUAUUAUCCAUUAUACAAAGUAUACCAACAACAUUUUUCAAUCUUCAUAUCAUAUCUUUUUCUCUCUUAAUAGAUCCUAAUUCAAUGAAAGAAAUUGUAGAAGAUGUUUUUACCAAUUUGCCAGAUGAAAUUCUUGGCUGCAUAAUAUCUUUUCUACCAAAUGAGUAUUCACUUCAAACCUCUCUCAUAUCUACUAGGUGGAGAAACUUAUGGAACCAAAUUCUUGUUAAACAUGGAACCAUUCAAGAUAUUACUACUGCUGUUGCUCAUUUCCUAACCGAUUUUGACGAGUUUGAUCCAUUAAAGCGACCACGCAAGCUCCAAUUUCAUUAUGGUGAUGAGAAUACACUCUUUGCAACUAUUGCGACUAAUAGUAAGCUUCUUCUUGAUUUCUCUUUCGGGAACCAAAAACUUGAAAGAGAAUAUGAACUAGAGUUCAAUCUCAAUAAACAACACUUCACCUAUAAUCUUGUUCCUUCUUCAACUUUCUUAGUCAAAAGUCUCACUUUGAAAUCAAUAAGCUAUUUGACAAGUGAGGUAGCUUCUUCCAUAGUUUCGAAUUUGGAGCAUCUUGAGACCUUGAUGAUCACUGAUUGUUGUGGAUUGCAAUCUUUGUUCAUUGAGUCAGAAACCAAGCUUCAUAAGUUAACUAUCUUAGAUUGCUUGCAGUUGAAGUCUCUUCAUCUUAGAACUUCUAAACUUAAAUCUUUUCAAUACCGCGGACCUCUUCCUCGAAUUUGGCCCGAAUCUCAUUUCAACUUAAGUCAUGCCAACCUUGACUUCAGACAAGGUCUAAGCUGCAGUGACUUGAAGGCUAAAGAUUUUGAUGAAACACUAUUAACUAUAAAGAAUUCUGAAAUUCUUACUUUAUGUCAAUGGACUUUUGAGGUACUAAUAUGGCCAUCAAUUUCUCCUUUAAGUGGAAAUUUUAUAUUUUAUAGAUUAAAAGAGCUAUGGUGGAUUGAAAACCAUGAAAAUAAAAACAGCAUCAGUGCCUUAGUUUCCUUCUUGAAAUUAUGCCCUGCUUUGGAGAGACUUUUUGUAAUGAUUGAUUCAAAAAGCUAUUCAGCUCCAAGGUCCAAUUCAGGCUUAAUGGAAGAAAUUAAAUAUAUAGAUUUGGAGCAACUAAAAUUGGUAAAGUUUAUGGGAUUCACAAAUCCAAUGGAUGAAAUUUCAAUGGCAAAACAAUUGAUUCAGCCUCCAAAAAUAGAAGCAUGAUCAGGUGGGAGCUGUUUGGAUGUAAUGUUUAUAUAGUGAUUCUUUAAAGAAUGAAUGAUAUAAUGAUGUGAUUUUGAAGUAUUCAAAGGGAAAAGUAUGUCUUAUAAUCUUUUGAAGAGGCUAGCACACUAUCUAACUCUUUUUUGUGGGUUAUAAAUUUGAUUUGAUUAUAUGGAUUUUAACUAAUAAAAGAUAGUGCUAAAAAAUAUGUGUUAAAUUUGAAGGACUCUUAAACAUAUUGCACCUUCAAAUUCUAUCAUAAUUAAAUUAGAAGGAAUAACAAUAAAUCUACUUUUAGAGGCCUAGAUCUAUCUUGCAUGAGUUAACUUUGUUGCUGUAAAAAAAAAAAAAAAGUUUACUUAAACAUUAGUAUAUGAAUAACAUAUAAUAAACAACAUACAACUCAAGAAUGUUCAUAACAAUAAUAGUAAUAAGCUUGAAACUUAUAACCUGAGAUGCAGAGAAAUGUAUUACAAGAUUUUUCUUCCAAAGAGGCUUUAACAAAAGUACAAUAACUUGCAGACAGGGCCGGCCUUACAUGUUUACAAGUCUAAAGCAAAUUUUAAAAUGAGGCCUUUAAAAUAUAUUUUUGAAUAAUAAUUUUAUGAUUGCUAAGAGUUGAACUCAAGAACAAAAAUAAAUGAGGCCUAAAUUUUACCAAUUCAUCUACAAUUAUAUAUGGUGUCUUUAUAUAUUUUUAUAACUAAAUAAAAAAAUUUGAGGCCUUCUUUAAGCCCAAACUUUUGAGGCCUAAAGUCCUAGCCUUAGUGG